UUUCAAAAAAUGAGAUAUUUUUUGUUAAUUUGUGUUAUAUUGUAUUUGUGUGUGGAUGUAUUAUUUUCAAGUUUUUACCCAAUGGCAAUGAAACUGUACUUAUGGAUUGUUUUAAUACAUUUUUCUGGUAUCAAUGCAAUAAAUGAAACCUGUACGAAUAAUGAGAACUGUACGGUAUCUGAAAAAUCUGUAUGCAUAGAUAAUGUGUGUUCCUGUGACGCAUUGUAUACUUUUAACAGUGAACUCAAUAAGUGUGUUAAGUAUUCCACAGAGUUUGGCUCGAUAUGUACGGAUGUAAAUGAAUGUUCAUUAUUUCUGGGAAAUAAUUCUGCCUGCACUCACAACGUGUGUGUUUGUAAAGAAGGAUAUACAUGGUACCAAGGAAAAUGCCAACAAUACGCUACUAAAGGCGAUAAAUGUUCCUCUGAUAAAAUAUGUUUGGAUCACAGUAACCCUCUCUCUUUAAAAUGCAGUAAAAACGGUGUUUGUGUCUGUAAUGACGAUUAUUAUGAUAGAGGACAAGAUUGUCGAAAAAAGGGACAAGUUAACGGAGAAUGUGCUAUAUCAAUGGAUUGCUCUGCAACAAUGGCCAACAGUUACUGCGGACUAGGAAAAUGUAUUAACAAUACGUCACUGCAACAUUUAAUGAUAGACAACGAAUUUAAACCUGUUUCUCUCAAAGAGGACCUUAAAUUGGACAAUGUUGUUCUCUCUAGUCUAACCGAAAUACAAUGCAAUGACAGUGCAAACACUGUAUACUUUCAAGACGAGAUUUGCAUUUGUGCCCCAGGAUUCUUUUUAUUCAAUAACAGGUGCAUUGCUGAAUUAGGUAUGAUGGAUACCACAGUAGCGUACCAAAAUGAUUCCGACUGUCCUAUUAAACCAGGAAAAUUGAGUUCAGAUGGAAUAUGUUAUUGCAAAGAGUACUGGUUCCAAGAUGAAACUAAUAGAGAAUGUAAAAAAACCACUUUGGAGUACACACGUAGUUGUAUGGAUAAUGACUGGUGUAAAGCAAUGGGUCCAUAUGCCUUCUGUAACUCUGCAACUGGAAAGUGCGAAUGUUCAAGUAUUUCCACCUUUAAUGCGACUUCUUUUUAUUGUAAUUAUGACGGGACAAAUUUAACCGACGUUUGUUUAUCGGACUGGGAAUGUCCCCUUUAUGAGAGUUGCAAGGAUCAAAAGUGUCAGUGUGAUGAUGGAUUCUUUAAAGUAAAUGAAUCUGGCUUGUGUUUACCCAAAAUCGGAUAUUCGUGUAAAGUCAGGGACUGUGAUCAUAUCGAUGGCGCUAUUUGCAAUUCAGAAACUGAAGUAUGCACCUGCGAAAACACCAGUUACGUCAAUGAUGAAUAUCAAUGUUUACCUCAAGUAACGUCAUUAAACGAAGAAUGUCAAAUUGAUGAGCAAUGCCAGAGCAUGCAUAACUCGGGAUGCUUAAGCGAUAAAAACAACAUAACAAGAUGCUUGUGUAAUGAUGAAUAUAGAGAGGUUAAUGAUAAAUGCUACCUGAUUCGAUCACCUGGUUCAUUAUGUUCCACCGAAACUGACUGCACCGCCAUCUUAGGUGAGACGUUCGUAUGUCGAAACAUGUUAUGUCAAUGUCCCCUUGACAAAUAUCUAAACCAGGAUAACGUAUGUGCUAAAAAUGCAACGACACAUGCCCGAUUGGAUAAAUGGACCCUCUAUUUGAUGCUUGGUUUUUUAACAAACAUCAUGUUUAGAAUUAUUUUGUAAUUUAUCCAAGCAAUAAUAAACUCUUAAUAGUACGUAAUUAUGUUUUGUUAAUUGACAUCAAUGUACGGGGACAUACAAUAGCAAAAUCGCAUCACCAUCAAUGCGGUAGACUACCUUAUAAGAAAAGAAGGUCAGCCGAAACAUAAAACAAUAUUUCGUAACUUUCAUUUUCUUCGAACCUGUUUUAUGAGAGUUUAAAUCUCUUACCGAUUUCAAAGUAUUGAAAAAGUGAGACAAAUUAGUUUACUGUCAUCAUUCUGUGGCAACAUCAGCAUAUUUGACUAACUAAAAUUAACAACUAUUAGUUUGUACUGUGACAAAUAAUUUUUAAUGUGCAGCGUAGUUAAAGUGAAUUUAAAAAUGCAUUAUUUUACUGUCGUUUUGUUUGUGUCGCUUGUUACGAUUAGUGGAAUUACCGCAGCACCUGCAAACAAUUCGUCUUUAAGGGAAGGAUCCGAUGCCAAAUCCGCUUUUGGACAACCCUUUGACGAAAUAGUCGUAGAAUCCACUUUAAAUGUUAAAAGAAGAACGAACAAUAAUCGGCAAUCUAAAAAUGACCAAGCCGUGGUCAGAACCAAAAGACAAUUCAGCAAUUUCCCAAUUCGUAACAACUUUGGUGGGUCGUUAAGCAGUGCUACCGCACAGGCGCAAUCACAUGAUGCUAAUAAGGCACCUUUUGGACGUUUUGGAGCCUCGGCUGCUGGUUCUCAAUCUCAAUCGCUGACAUUUGGUCCUAAAGGACCGACAGUAUCCGCUAGUUUUACAGGAAGUCAACAGUACAGGCUUCCCAAUGGACAAACGUUUGAUAUAUCGUUUGGCAAUUCUUUAGGCGCUACUGAUGGUAUAAAUAAAGCAGGAGGAGCCUCGUACACAAUUCACGGGCCAUCUAGUUAACAUAAUUAAGUAGCAUGUGUUUGUUAUAUCUAAAAUAAAAUAAAAAGCAAUUUUGUAGUAAAGUUUA